CCGGAGAGGAAUUAAACUUUUCACAUUAGUUGCUUUCUGCUCCGCAAAUUUUUUUUUUUUUUUUUGGUCGCUGAUAAUUUUAUUAAAAAUAAAAGAUUGUACGGGAUUCCCUUGCUAAAAUUAAAGUGGGAGGAUGAAAUUUAUAAAGGAAGUUGUGGUGCGAUGAUGUCAGUCGGUUUGCAGAAAUGAUAUAUCUGUUUUUCAAAUUCAGCAUAUAAAAAGAGAAUAAUAAAUUUUGGAGAGACAGUGAGUUCUUGAAUUCUGCGACAGUAAAUUCAAGAUAUUCAGAAGCACUGCAUUUGCAAAGAGUAUCAGUAAUUUUUAAACAAUUUUUGUUAUUCAAUCGCCAUUUCAUCUAAUCUGUGUGAUAACAACAUUGAAAACAAUGGCACACUUACUGCAAUUGUUCAAGUUGUUGACGAUUUUCAUCAUGUGCUACGAUUUUGGAAAUUGUUUUCAAAAAAAUCCAAUUGACGACCAAUGUCUAAGAGGAGAACCGAAAUUAUUGAUCAAGGAAACAAUAAUUGACGAAGAUAAAUUAUUUUGGUCAGCAUGUGAAGAGCAAAAUUCAACAAGUGUUUCUAUAAAUCUGGCAAAUUUAAAUAUAGAAAGUCUUCCAAACAAUUUUAUAAAUAGUGAUUAUGUGUCGUGUUUAGAUUUACAAAAUAAUAAUUUUGGAUCGACAGUACAUGUAAGUGACUUUUCAAAAGUGCCAAAUCUCAAGUAUUUAAAUCUAGGAAAUACCAAGAUUGUUUUAGAAAGUUUCUUCAGUUAUUCUUACUAUAGUGUUUCGCAGAAUAUUGAAACAUUAAUUUUAAACAAUUUACAAGCUUUUCAAGUACAAGAAUAUGAUUAUACAGUAAGUUUUGAUGGUUUUAAUACUGUAUUAAAGUUUUGGCCAAGAAAAUUAAAGAAACUUUCUUUGCGCAACAUCAAUUUCACAGACAAUAAAAAUUUUGAAUCAUUUGACUUUAGUUUGACAAAAAUAACCCAUUUGAUUUUGUCAGACAACAAUAUUGAUGUAAUAAAUAGUGAGUUUUUCAACAAAUUUCCCACAACAUUAACACAUUUGUUUGUGGACAGAUGUAAUCUCCAAUCAUAUUCAGCAUCAAUAAAUAAAACAGCAUCUUUAAUUUAUCUAUCAAUGGAUAGCAACUCAUUUUCAAGUGAUGGUUGUUUGGACUUUGAUAGUCAUCCGGAUUUGAAAUAUUUAUCUUUAUCAAAUUGUGAAAUUAGUAGUAUUUUACAAAAUACAUUUUAUUCUAAUUCGAAACUCAUAAAUUUGGAUUUGUCAAACAAUCGAUUGAAUCAACUUUCUGAUAAGCUGUUCCUCAAGACGAUCGCAUUGGAAACUUUAAAUCUAAAUAACAAUAAAUGUAGUAAGUUACCAAAGUUGAAAACUUUAACGAACCUCAAGGAAUUAUAUAUUAAUGGCAAUAAUAUCUCACGGUUGGUUGAAGAUUCUUUUGAUAAUUUAAAUAAUUUGGAAGUCUUAACACUAAGUAGAAAUUAUAUCGUUUACAUUGAAGACAAUGCUAUGAACAAUUUAUCAAAUUUAAGAAUAUUAGAUCUCUCUAAAAAUAACAUAUUCAAUUUCGAAUAUAAAUCGUCUUUCAGUCUUCAGUGUUUGAGUUUAACCAAAAAUUAUCUGUACUCAAUGACUAAUAUACAAUUAGGUAACACAACAUUAAAAUAUUUGUUUAUUGAUCAAAAUCCUGUGGAUGAAAUAACCCCCAUGUCAAUUAAUUAUUUAACCAAAGACACAAGCAUAAUAUUCAGAUAAUAUCUUCAGCAUCCGGAGGAAAUUUAAAUCCUUAGCAUUAGUUGUCACCCGAGAGGAAAUUUAUGUCUAACCUUUGAUAAUUUUUGAAGAAAAAAAAGAUUCCACGUAUGAUUCCCUUGUCAAGAAUUAACGUGGGUGGAUAAAUAUGUAUAAAAGAGAUUUAUUGCUAAAAUUAGAGACAGUAAGUUUUUGUAGAGCGACGUACAAUAAGGAUUUCACAGAAGCGUUAAAAUUUAUUUGUUCUGGUAAAUAGUUUCAAAAAUCAAAGUGAAUGUUUCUUUGGAUGAGAACUGUAAACAGUUUGUGAUUGACUCAACAAUAAACAGUGAACAAUAAACAGUAAACAAUAAACAUUUUUACACAGUAAAAAGUGAACAGUAAACACUAAACAA